AUGACGGCAGGAAGCUCCUCGGGGGAGCAUGAGCUCAAGAGGCAAGAGGUACCGGCGAUGCCAAUUUCGAUUUGCUUGGCGGAAGUGCAGGCGCAAGCGUUGUCACCAGGAGUGCAUGAUGCGGCGACGAUGGCGGAGGAGAGACAGGCGGUUGCGCAGUCGGGGAUAGCUUGGGCGUGGAUGAGAACGGGGAGGAGAGGAACGGAUAGCACGGAAAGCUUCAUUCUGACGGGAGUGCGAUUGUUGGUUGUAAUGUCAGAUGGAGAGUUCAAUUAUCAACGCCGGUAUAGGUUGGAAGAGUAG